AUGGCAGCUCAAAGCUCUCAGCUUCAAGAAGAAACGAGGAGUAAUUUCCGGAAUACGGGUUCCUCCAUUAAAAAUAUGGAGAUUCAAAUGAGUCAGAUAGCACAGAGCGGUAAAGGGAAAGGUGUAGUUGAAAAUAAUGACGAGGAAGAGGAACCAUUGUUGGAGGUAGACUUAGAGAUAAGAGAAAAUGAGGUAGAAGCUGAGGAAGUGGUGGUGAUGGAACCAACACCAAAAGAGAAGGUGGUUGAACAAAAACAAAAGCCGGCAGUAAAACUUCCGUUUCCGAUAAGGAACAAGAAAAAAGGGCAACAUGAGAAGAAUUUUGAAAAGUUAUUGGAGAUGUUCAAGAAGUUGGAGAUUAAUAUUCCAUUCUUGGAGGCAUUAGAACAAAUGCCUACUUAUGCAAAAUUUAUGAAGGACAUCAUUGCCAAGAAAAGAACCGUCGAUCGUGACCCUAUUAUUCUAACCGAAACGUGUAGUGCUAUUUUGCAGGGUAUGAAGAUUCCGGUGAAAAAGCAAGAUCGGGGUUCCGUGACUAUUCCUUGUACAAUUGGGGAUAGGUCAUUCAAGAAAGCUCUAAUUGAUUUGGGAGCAAGUGUGAGCCUUAUGCCGUUGUCUAUCUACAAGAGGUUGGGGAUAGUGGAUUUUGUAAUUCUAGAGAUGCCAGAAGAUGAGGAGAUCCCUAUUAUUUUGGGAAGGCCAUUUCUAGAGACAGGGAGAUGUUUGAUAGACAUUGAAGAAGGCACAAUGACUCUGAAAGUUUAUGAUGAAGAGUUAAAGAUUGAUGUGCGCAACACCAUGAAGUACAAGGAUGAUAUAGCAACUAGUCAACAUAUUGAGGAAGCUGCUGAUGAAAGAGAAGUGGAAGUAGUGACUAUGAUGGAAGCAAGUCCCAUAUUCAAAAGUUCUAGACAAAACCGGGGGGAGGAUCUUAGACAACCUUUAGUUGAAGGAAAGAAGGAGGAACCUAAGAAGGGGGCUGAAUUAAAACAACUCCCGGAGAAUUUAAAAUAUGUUUUCCUUGAUGCUGAAAGUAGAUGUCCGGCCAUUAUAAAAUCGCACCUUGAACGGUUGCAGGAACUUAAGCUAGUAGAAGUGUUAAAGAAACAUAAAAGUGCCAUGGGGUGGUCUAUUGAAGAUUUAAAAGGGAUCAGUCCUACAAUGUGCAUGCACAAAAUCCUCAUGGAAGAUGAUCACAAGCCAGUGGUCCAACCUCAGCGGCGUCUGAAUCCAGCAAUGAAAGAGGUUGUGAGAAAAGAAGUUGUGAAACUUUUAGAUGCUGGGAUGAUUUACCCGAUAUCUGAUAGUGAUUGGGUAAGCCCGGUUCAUGUUGUGCCCAAAAAGGGAGGAACAACUGUAAUAAAAAAUGAGAAGAAUGAGCUUAUCCCCACAAGGACUGUCACAGGGUGGAGAGUAUGCAUUGACUACCGGAGAUUGAACCUAGCAACCAGAAAAGAUCACUUCCCAUUACCUUUUAUUGACCAGAUGUUGGAGAGGUUAGCGGGACAUGAUUACUAUUGUUUCCUCUACGGGUACUCUGGAUAUAAUCAGAUUGCAGUUGCACCAGAAGACCAAGAGAAGACCGCUUUUACAUGUCCAUUUGGUGUUUUUGCCUACAGAAGGAUGUCAUUCGGAUUAUGUAAUGCUCCGGCCACUUUUCAAAGAUGCAUGCAAGCGAUUUUUGACGAUAUGCUUGAAAAACACAUGGAGGUCUUCAUGGAUGAUUUUUCAGUCUUUGGAAUAGUUCUUGGACACAAGAUUUCCUAUAAAGGAAUCGAAGUGGACCAAGCGAAGGUUGAAGUCAUCUCAAAUCUGCCACCACCGAUGAACGAAAAAGUUAAGGAUAAAACUUUCACUUUUGAUGACGAAUGUGCGGUAGCUUUUGAGACAAUUAAGAAGAAAUUAGUCUCAGCACCCAUUGUUGUAGCCCCUGAUUGGUCUCUACCUUUUGAGAUCAUGUACGACGCAAGCGAUAUUGCUGUAGGGGCAGUAUUAGGACAGAGGAGAGAGAAAUUGCUUCAUGUUAUAUAUUAUGCUAGUCAUGUUUUGAACCCCGCACAGAUUAAUUAUGCGACUACCGAGAAGGAGUUGCUAGCUGUUGUUUAUGCCUUCGAUAAAUUCAGGAAAUAUCUGUUGGGGUCUAGAGUCAUCGAGUUUGAUGUUGAAAUUCGAGACAAGAAGGGGUGUGAAAACACCGUAGCUGACCACUUAUCUCGAAUGACACCAAUAGACGAGACAGUAGAAAAGCGCCCAAUCAAGGAUGAUUUCGCCGAUGAACACAUCCUGUCAGUGACUGGUGUACCUUGGUUCGCAGAUUAUGCAAACUAUAUUGUCGGUGGUAUCAUCCCCGACGACUUUGACUCUAAUAGAAGAAAAAAGUUUGUUCAUGACUGCAGGUUUUAUCUAUGGGACGAUCCGUUCCUAUAUAAAAGAGGAGUGGAUGGUUUGAUCAGAAGAUGUGUACCUGAGAUAGAGCAAGAAGAAGUGUUGAUAGCAUGUCAUGCUUCGGACUAUGGGGGACAUUUCAGUGGUGAUCGAACAGCAGCUAAGAUUCUGCAAUCAGGUUUAUACUGGCCAAUUGUGUUUAAGGACGCUCAAGAGCUUGUGAGAAAUUGUGACAAGUGUCAGAGGACAGGGAACAUAUCCAAAAGAAACCAGAUGCCUCAGAACUCAAUGUUGGAAGUGGAGUUGUUCGAUGUUUGGGGUAUAGACUUCAUGGGACCAUUUCCACCUUCAUUUGGAAAAAAUUAUAUUCUAGUAGCUGUGGAUUAUGUGUCAAAAUGGGUCGAGGCUGUUGCUCUACCGACAAACGAUGCCAAGGUUAUGGUGAAGUUUUUGAAAGAAAAUAUCUUUGCUAGAUUUGGAGUACCGAGAGCUCUCAUAAGUGAUGAAGGAACGCACUUCUUGAAUCAUCUCAUGGAACGGUUACUCCAAAAAUACAAUGUGAAACACAAGAUAGCCACAGCUUAUCAUCCUCAAACAAGUGGACAGGUUGAAGUUUCAAACAGGCAACUCAAGCAAAUUCUGGAAAAGACGGUGAGUGCCUCUCGGAAGGAUUGGGCUAUCAAGCUGGAUGAUGCACUGUGGGCAUACAGGACAGCUUUCAAAACACCAAUCGGAAUGUCACCGUAUCAACCUGUGUAUGGGAAAGCGUGCCAUUUGCCUUUGGAAUUAGAACAUAAGGCAUUUUGGGCAUCGAAGUUUCUUAAUAUGGAUCAAUCUAAAGCGGCAAGCUCUAGACUUCUUCAACUCCACGAGUUAGAAGAAUUCCGAAACCAAGCUUAUGAAAAUGCGAAGAUCUAUAAAGAGAAAACAAAAAGGUGGCAUGAUGGGAGAAUCCAACAUAAGGAGUUCUGGGAGGGACAACAAGUUCUCUUAUACAACUCAAGGUUGAAACUCUUACCAGGAAAGUUGAAAUCAAAGUGGUCGGGACCGUUUACGGUUCAUAAAGUUUUUCCUCAUGGAGCUAUAGAAAUCAAAAAUCAAGCGAAUGGGGAUAUUUUCAAGGUUGCAAGGAUGCCUCCAAGGAAAGCUGUACCAAGAAGACACACUGCUGGGACAUCUAGACCCGCACAAAGAGCGCGAAGAGAGGGGAACAACCAUGGAAUAACUUUCCGGAAGGACACUCACCGAGAGAGGUAUAAUGCUCAUCUUCGUAGGAAGAUUUUACCGACAAGGUAUGUUUGCGAUACAACUACUGAAAGUCUAGGAAUCAAAACUGAGAUUCAUCGUAUGUUCCAUGCUUUAGGUUUGUUAAGAUUGAUUCAGUUUGAGGCCCCUACUUUUGAACGAUUAACAUAUGAAUUUCUGAGCACUCUUCAAUUUGAGAUGAAACUGAAAACGAACAGGUUGGAACCCGAGCAUUACGGGACGUUAAAAUUCCGAAUGUUUGAUAUUGAUCAUGAAUUAACCUUGGAGGAUUUUGGGGAAGCUUUAAGAGUACCGAGUUCGGGUGCGGGGCGAGCACCGAACUCUUUUAACCCCGAAACAUUUUGGAUAGCCAUCACCGGUAGAGAAUCUUAUUGUCCUAAAGGGGCAAAAGCUACAAGCAUCCAAAACCCUUGCUUCCGAUAUGCCCAAAAGGCUCUGGCAUAUACUCUCUUUGGUAGAGGAUAUAGCCCGGGCGUAGUUUCCAUUCGGGAGUUAUAUUUCUUAUAUUGUAUGGCUGAGCAAAAACCGCUAAAUGCGGCCGCUUUCAUAGCGGAUCAUUUGAAAAAGGUGAGUAGGGAUAAAUCCGGUGAUAUUUCUGUUGGUCGUAUUGUUACCGCUUUAGCGGACGGUUUGGGGUAUGGUGCAGAGCUGCGGAAUCUUCCAGAGAUAAAUCCGCGUAUUUUAAAAAUUGAUAUGGUUGCUAUGAUUAAGCAAGGAAUGAUCUAUGUACAACCCCAAACUUAUUCCUUAAUGAUUCAUGGGGCUCAUAUUUUAGAAUUACCUAAUCCUAACCGUGUGUCUAUUUAUGAUAGGGCUAACUGGUUGUAUACUAGCACCACCCCAACUGGGGAAGGUGACAUGGAUUUGGAAUUUUUGGAUGCAGGUGGUGAAGAUGAUGACACGGAGUAUCAGGAGGAAGCUGAACAAACAGGUCCACCUCCAAGUGGAUUUGGUGAGGGCACAUCUCAAAUGCCACAAGACCAAUGGGGGUGGAUGCAUUCUGAGAUCGAGUACCUGAGGGCGGAACAAACCCGCCAAGGCAAGGAGCUAUUAAGGCAAGGCCUAGAGCAAACCCGCCAAGGAAAGGAGCAGACCCGACAAGGGACUACUAUUUAUAACAUUCAGGAAAUGAUGCAACGCAUGAUGUUGCAAUUUCCGUAUCCUCCACCUCCGCCUCAGUGA